AUGUCAUCGUUCAACAGCUUACAUUCUCGUGGAUCCUAUAAAAGUAAGCUAUUCGAUAUUUCAGGUGUCGUGAAACCCGUGAAGAUGUUUCGUGCCGAAUCAAUUUCAGACUCUCGCCUCAUUGAUCUGGAGAUUCCUGAUAUAAUUGAUUCAGAAAUAUGA